AUGAUGGCUGCCGAGGGCACCUUGUCUUCCGACGGGAGCUGUAAAAGCUUUGAUUCGGGAGCUAAUGGAUUCGCCCGGGCGGAGGGAAUCACAGCGAUUUACAUUAAACGACUGAGCGAUGCCAUUCGAGAUGGUAAUCCCAUUCGAUCCAUUAUUCGAGCAUCCGGGAGUAACAGCGACGGCAGCCGGGCGGGUUUGAUGCAGCCACAAGCCCGAACCCAGGAGGCGCUCAUUCGCCAGGUGUAUAAGAGAGCGCGUCUAGAUCCAGGCGAUACAGCAUUCGUAGAGUGUCACGGGACCGGUACGGCAACGGGUGAUCCCAUCGAGACGAGAGCGAUCGAUAAUGUAUUCGGCGAGCACGGUGUCUAUAUUGGUAGUGUCAAACCAAAUAUCGGACACACGGAAGGUUCUGCUGGCUUGGCCAGUCUAAUCAAGGCUGUGUUAGCCCUUGAAAAUGCCAUCAUACCGCCUAACAUCAAAUUCCAAGUUAGAAAUCCAAAGAUGCCUGGGGCCGACCGCCUUCUCAUACCUGUUGCGCCUACACCAUUCCCACCUCGCAAACAACACCGCAUCAGUGUCAAUUCCUUUGGAAUAGGAGGUUCCAACUCACAUGUAAUCCUAGAUUCAUAUGCCCCAGCCACGAAUGGAAUGCCUAAUGCCACAAAAACGAACCCUGCAAGUUUUCGUGAUACAGAGUUGCCCUCUCUCAUGCCGUUCUCGGCAUAUACAGAACACUCCUUGCGACGACAAAUUGAGCUGUAUACUGCUCAUAUUCGCCAGAACCCAACACAAGUCCACGAUAUCGCUUACACACGUUCCAUGCGCCGUGAGAACUUACCUCACCGUGCUUUUGCCAUUGUGGAAUCGAAAGGCCGUACACUUAAGAUCUCUAACCUACUCAAGACAUCUAAUCAACCUUGGGGGCCGAAAGUUGUGAUGGUGUUUAGUGGCCAGGGCAGCCAAUGGGCUGGCAUGGGCAGAGAGUUAUUAUUCUCAUCGUCUGAUUUCCGUGCAGACAUCUCUGCAAUGGACACCGUGCUGAAGGUUUUGCCGAAACCCCCGCAUUGGUCCCUGAGUGAAGUCUUGUCUGAUCACGCCGACAUUGAGAAAUUCAACUCGGCAGAGCUCUCCCAGCCACUGUGCACAGCUCUCCAAAUCGCGAUCGUCCACCACUUGCGACGUGUAGGUGUUUUACCUGCAAUCGUCGUCGGCCACUCGAGUGGAGAGAUUGCAGCCGCUUAUGCUGCAGGCCAUAUUUCACUACAGAUGGCAAUCCGAGCAGCAUUCUAUCGUGGCCUAGUUACCAGAGAGGCGGAUCGCAAAGGUGCUAUGGCUGCAGUCAGCUUAGGGAGUCAAGAAACCUCUCGAUAUCUGGCCGAGGGGGUUGUAAUUGCUUGUGAAAACAGCCCCUCGAGCUCGACAAUCUCUGGCGAUCGUGCUCUUAUUGAGCAAUCGCUGGCUUCAAUCAGGAAAGAUAGACCGAAUGUGUUUACGCGUCUCUUGAAGGUCGACAUGGCUUAUCACUCUUCUCACAUGGCUAUCCUCGGAGAUAUGUAUUUGCAUCACCUGGAGGCGGAGCGACCGUCCUGCAAUGAUACUUUCUUCGAUCAGGGGGCUAUUUUCAUCUCAAGUGUUACAGGCAGCCAAGCCAGUGCUCAAGAUGUAAGCUCUCCGAAUUAUUGGGUUCGGAAUCUUGUACAGCGUGUAAGGUUUUCGACAGCUAUCCAAAUGGCACAAACCAUCAUUAGCGAUCACGUCUUGCUGGAAGUUGGUCCUCAUGCAACACUAGGGGGGCCUUUGCGGCAAAUCGGCCAACCUCAAGGGGCUUUCAAAUAUGUUGCGACACAAAAGAGAGGAGAGGACUGCGAUCAGGCGAUGCUAGAAGCCUUCGGACAGCUAUACCAAUACGGUGUACCUGUCGAUUUCCGGCCCCUCUUUCAGAAGGGGAAGACUCUCCCAGGCCUACCAACAUACCCAUGGGACCAUACGGGACCAUCGUUUUGGUAUGAAAAUCGAAUCUCUAGGGCGUCUCGAUUACGGCAAUACCCACGACACUGUCUCCUUGGCCUCAAGACUCUGGAUUCUUCGGAUUCGCAACCUGUUUGGCGCAAUAUCAUGGAUCUUGAUGACUUACCUUGGCUCACUGAUCACAAAGUUGGCGGCAAUAUAGUCUUCCCGUUCGCCGGGUACGUCUCUCUAGCUAGCGAAGCGAUCAGGCAAGUCAAACGGCUGUCUCUCACUUCAGGGCUCUCGCUUCGAUACGUCGUUGCCAAAAAGGCUUUGGUUUUGAAACAGUCGCAAUCUGUGGAAAUUAUCACAUCUCUACGCCCCGGUCGGCUUACUGACACGACCAACUCCGACUGGUUUCACUUCCAGAUACAGUCUCACGAUGGUGAGAACUGGACCGAACAUUGCGUAGGCGAAAUCACAACCGUAUUCACGCCUCAUAUUGAGCGUGCCAAUGAUUUCCAUGUCCUUCCACGUCAAGUUUCAAAGCAGACAUUCUAUAGUGCCAUGUCUCGCACUGGUCUGAGCUACGGUCCUGAAUUUGCCCUCCUGCAGGACAUUACUGCAUCGGCAACAGAUCAUGUUGCCCAAGCACAUAUCGUUGAUACAGGAAAUCAUUCCAACAAUGCCUUCAUACUUCACCCUGCAGAACUUGACAGCUGCCUGCAACUGGUCUUCGUAGCAGCUUCUCAAGGCCUUUGUCGAAAUAUCAACAGAUUGUACGUGCCGACCAUGGUCGAAAAUCUAGAGAUAUACGGUCCGAGGAGUGAUUUCAUGAACGUUCAGUCCACUUGGAAUAAGAAGGAUCAUGGUAGUUGUCAAAUUGACUGCGUGGGAUCUUCUGGAGAGUCCAUAUUUUCCCUCAAGGGUGUACAGUUGGCGCCUCUUGAGGAUUCCACAGAGCUCAACCAAGUGUCCCACAGACACGGACUGGCGCGAUUGGAAUGGUUUCCAGCUUUCGAUUUCUCUGAAGCCCUCCAGAUGCUCCAACCACCGCCGCUAAACCGCGAGCAUCUCGCAAUAGAACACCAGCUCACUUUGCUAUGCAUCAUGGAAGAGCUUGAGAAAGUGCGCAACAUCACUGCCUCCAAUGCACACCUUUCGAAAUUGCAAGAGUGGAUGAGCGAUGAGAUGUCCAAAGCACUCGAGACAGGAACAUUUCCUCUGAUCCGCGACACCAAAUGGUUAACAGAGCUGGAUGAAACUGCGCGCCGGUGUCUGAUUGACGAGCAUGUGACAUUUCUCAGUACUGGCCCUCACGCGCCGUUCGCUCAGGCUUGUAAGCGUGUCUGCGAACAUGGACCGUCCAUAUUCUCAGGUGUCACUGACACCAUUGACGUUCUCACGCGAGAUAACUUGCUCACCGAAGUCUACAAUGUCAACAGCUACAAUUACGGCCAAUUCGUGAGCUCUUUCUCUAAAUCGCGGCCAAACCUGCGAAUUCUUGAGGUCGGAGCUGGCACUGGCGGCACCACCGAACUCGUAUUGCGCGAAUUAGUCGGUGAUGCUACAGAUAUGCCCUCGUUUUCCCUCUACACAUUCACAGACGUGUCCGCUGGCUUUUUCGCCAAGGCGAAAGAGAGAUUCUCACAUGUUCCAAACAUGGAGUACCGUACUCUUGAUGCCUCAAAGCCGCCCUUGGAGCAGGGUUUUGAAAAUGCUCAAAACUCAUACGAUCUUGUCAUUGCAGCAAAUGUUAUCCAUGCCACCCCAUUCAUCGGAGAAACGCUUGCGAAUGUUCGUUCAUUGUUGAAGAAUGACGGGAUCCUCCUCUUGACGGAGCCUCUGCCCACACUCAAGACCGUCAGUUACAUAUUCGGGCACUUUUCUGGCUGGUGGCUCGGUGAAGCUGACGGCAGAUUUGGCGGACCACUUGUGGGUAUUGAACGCUGGGAUCGUGAGCUCAAAUCGUCUGGUUUCUCUGGAGCAGAGACCGUCUCAUUUGGAGCGGAAGAACCGUACCGCCAGAUCAUGACUAUCGUCGCCCGUGCCGAGUCAGCUCAAGCCACUAUCAACGGACGUUCGCGUGGCAAUGUUACUCUUCUAUGCGAGAAGGCGACAUCAAACAUUGCCGUCGCCUUGAAGACACAGCUCAAUGACCGCGGUUGGAAUGUGGACACCCACGAACUCAGCAAAGGUCCCCCGACACCUUCACAGGUCUCGAUCUCAUGCGUCAACUUGGAAGAAGCUUCUUUGAAUGGCAAGCUUUACGAUCAAUCAAAGUUCGAACUUCUCAGAGAAGUCAUGAACUCUCUUGCCGAGAAGACUCUAUGGCUAAUGCCUACGGUGCAAACAGAAGCCAGCGAGAACUACCAUGCCGCACAGUUUCUUGGGUUUUCGCGUUCGCUGCGGUCGGAACUCGGCUUGCAGAUAUAUACGCUUGAGAUCUCUGAGAUAGACUCUCUCACCCAACCUCAGCUCGUUAUGGAUGUAUUCGAGAAGAUCUUGGAAGAAGUUGACGCAGGCGCUUUAGCCCCAGACAUGGAAUAUGCCAGUCGCGAUUCCCAAAUAUUGAUUUCGCGUUUCCGCCAUGUUACCCUGGAAGACGAGAUUAGAAGGCUGAGUAGCGAGUCGACCGCGCAUGGGGACUCGGCUGAGUUGCGAAUUGGAAAGAAGGGAUUCAUGAAUACACUCUACUGGCAAAGAAAAGAACUGAUGCCGUAUGUUCCGGACGGCCACGUCGAGGUAGAGAUCCGUGCUGUCGGUCUAAACGCUUUCGACAUUUUUACCGGCAAGGGCAUAAUCCACAGUCAUAUUGAAACAGAGGAUCUGCGCUUCGGAUGUGAAGCAGCUGGUAUUAUCCGCAGAAUCGGAUCAGGAGUGACAGGCUUUCAAUCGGGCGACAGGGUGAUGCUGUUCAGCGACGGUGGCAGCUUUGCUACACAUGCGGUGAUCCCUGCCGACCUCGCGUUGAAGAUUCCCGAUUCAAUGGCAUAUGAGCAAGCUGCAACAAUUCCGGUUUGCUUUGGGACUGUACUAUACAGUCUGAUCCACGUUGCGCGGAUUGAGAAAGGUCAAACUGUGCUUAUUCAUUCAGCCUGUGGCGGAGUUGGUCUGGCAGCCAUCCAAGUCUGCCAGAUGCUAGGUGCCGAGAUAUUCCUGACAGUGGGAAGCAAGAAAAAGGUGCAGUACUUGAUGGAAAACUUCGCGGUCCCACCUGAGCGGAUCUUUCACUCUCGUGAUGCAACGUUCGUGAGCGGCAUCAUGCGAGAAACCCAUGAUGCUGGCGUCGACGUGGUUCUGAACUCUCUGACUGGAGAGCUCCUUCACGAAUCCUGGAAGUGCGUUGCUGAGUUUGGCUGCAUGAUUGACCUUAGUCGUCGGGAUGCUGAUGGAUUGGGUCAACUGAACAUGAUGCCCUUUGGUCAUAACCGAUCGUACCACGGUGUUGAGGCGAUCCAAUUCACACGCAGGCCCGCGUUGUUUCGGAGAUUUUGCCACGAAUUUCUCCGUCAUGCCGAGCAGGGUACUCUUCGCCCAAUUCAACCUCUGACUGUGGUUGCUGCUCACCUCAUAGAGAGGGCUUUCAGGACUCUCGAUGACUCUGCGCACAUCGGAAAGAUAGCUGUUACCAUGACACCAGAGACCACUUUGAGCGCUGCGCCCUACGUGAGGUGUAUCAAAUUUGACCCUAAAGGCACUUAUCUCCUCACUGGUGGCGUAGGAGGUCUUGGAAGAGCCAUUUCCACGUGGAUGGUUGAUCGCGGGGCGCGUCAUCUGACUUUUCUUUCUAGAAGCUCCGGUAUCAGCGAGUCUAGCAAUAUGUUGUUCAAAGAGCUGGAGCUUAUGGGAUGCUCAGUGGUCUCGGUGGCGGGCUCCGCUGACAAAGAAGAGGAUGUUGAAGUUGCCAUGGCGCAGUCGACACUCCCUAUCAAAGGAGUGUUGCAUCUUGCAAUGGUGCUGCGGGAUAUCUCUCUUAUGGACAUGACGUGGUCUCAAUGGCGCGAGGUCAUCAGUCCAAAGGUCACUGGGGCUUGGAAUCUCCAUGCUUCUCUCUUGCAACAUAAACAGACGCCGGAUUUCUUCUUCUUGGCCAGUUCAAUCAUCUCUGUUCUGGACGCCAGUGGCCAGGCCAAUUACGUGGCAGCCAAUGCGGUCAACGAUGCGUUCUGCAAGUUCAGGCACAGUCUUGGCUUGCCCGCUUGCGUUCUGAAUAUCUGCCCCAUCAUUGAUGCUGGUUUUGUUUCCGAGAAUGAGUCUGCAGCACAGAGUUUGCAGGCGCAAGGUCUCCAUGGAGUUCACGAAAGUGAGUUCCUGGACUGUCUAGAGCUCAUCUUGCUGCAAGGCCAGAAGCCCGCCGGAGAGGCCAUGGAAGGUAUAUCUUCUGCUUCUCGGUCAAAUCAACACCAGAUUGUGAUGGGAUUGCACGUAGGCCAGGAUUUGGACAACAGCAGAUCUAUAUGGCGUCGGGAUAGGCGUAUGGGCACCUACCACAACAUGCCUAAACAGGCUUCCACUGCUGCAAAUAACAAGCAGGAUGCAUUGCGGAGCUUCCUUGCAUCACUAGACAAGAGCAAUGCCGCAGAGCAGCUACGGAACAAAGCCACAAUUCAGUUCUUCGCCACUGAAAUUGGCAAGAAAAUCUUUGAGUACCGUCUCCGUCCUGACGAAGAAGUCGACACAAAAUCGACAGUGGCGCGUAUGGGUUUGGACUCCUUGCUCUCUGUCGAACUUGCUCGAUGGUUCAAGAGCGCUUUUGGUGUCAGAAUGGGCGUCCUAGAGAUUGUUGGAGGUGGGACUUUGGAGCAGCUCGCCACCAUGACUGCGGGGAAGAUUUGCAAACAAUACACGCAAACUGUUUAG